CCGCCUGGCUUGCCGUAGGAAACGCGGAAGUGUGUUGACACGAUGAUGUAGCCGCUUAGCCUGCUAGCCGUCAGAGGCUGUUUGUUAUUAUAACAAAAAUGUUCAGUAAAUAGUAAGACAUCGCAUGUUGACGGGGAGGGACGUGGCGGGGAUGUGGCUAAAUAAUGGGAAACGUCUUUGGGAGAAAGAGUCGCCCUUCUCGAGUCACGGAGCAAGAUAAAGCGGUUUUGCAAUUGAAGCAACAAAGGGACAAGCUGAAGCAGUACCAGAAGAGAAUCACUGUGCAGCUGGAGAAGGAGAGGCUUCUGGCAAAGCAGCUCCUCAAAGAUGGCAAAAAGCAGAAAGCACUGUUGCUCCUUAAGAAAAAACGAUAUCAGGAUCAGCUUCUAGACAAGACUGAAAAUCAAAUCUCAAACCUGGAGCGCAUGGUUCAGGACAUUGAGUUCAUGCAAAUAGAGAUGAAAGUCAUCGAGGGGCUCAAGGUUGGCAACGAUUGCCUGAAAAGUAUGCAUGAGAUCAUGUCCAUAGAAGAUGUGGAGAGAAUCCUGGAUGAGACCCAAGAGGCGAUCGAAUAUCAAAGGCAAAUUGAUGAAAUGUUGGCUGGAUCCCUGACGCAGGAGGAUGAGGACGCCGUGUUAGCCGAGCUGGAAGCUAUCACUCAGGGAGAAGAUGUAGCACUUCCAGAGGUCCCCACUGAGCCCGUUCCAGAGGUCCCAGAAGCAGCUCAAGCUGAACCAGGUACAGAGAGGAGAGCGGCGAAAAACAAGCCAGACAGAGAGAUGCUGGCAGCAUGACGCACCGAUUCUGUGGCUCUAAAUCCAGUGUUGAGCUCCGGGUAAAUAGAGUAGGGUCUCUUUGUUCCGAUUUUUGAUAUGAGCGUGUGGAACCUGCACACAUCAGUGCUGCUCAACACGUUUCACACGAUCGGCACUGUCUGUACUCCGGUUCGUUGUUCCCCUGAAGUAAGUACAUGAAGUGAAAUGUUCUGUUACUCUGUGUCUUUUCUGAGUUAGUCGAGCAGUGUUACGUUGUUGCUGUGCCGAGGCAUACCAGAGGAAGAUAAUGGAUUUUUAGAUGUUUUACCAUUAAUUUAAGCUGUUUUGCAUAUUAAAUGGAGCUGUGGGAACAGUGUGCUUCCAUGGCUUUUAUUUCACAAGCUCAUUUAUCUUUUCCUUCUUUUUUUUAGUAACAAUAAAAUGAAAAACAUGU